GCCACUAAAAAAUGACCAUACAAUCAACCUCCCUAUGUGUAAAUUCAUCUUGUUCACUUUACUUGGCAAAAGAAAACCCCCAAAAACGUCAUAAACAUAGACAAAGAGACAACCUCAAAUCCAAAUUCCAGAAACCAUUAUCUACACCCUUGUUAGUGAACUCAAGAAAUCAGCCCCAAUCAAAAUUCCAAGCUCUUGAUAAAAUCCUGGGUGACAUUGAGGCCUCAUUCAACAAUGGUGUUGAGAUUGAUGACCCUAGCAUCUUUGCUUCUCUUCUUGAGGCCUGCUUCCAUUUACAAGCCUUCAAUCACAGUGCAAGAAUCCACCGCCUCGUUCCCCAGAAGCUCUUGCGUAAAAACAUUGGCAUUUCAUCAAAGUUGCUCAGGCUCUAUGCCGCGGAUGGGCGGGUUGAGGAUGCUCACCAGCUGUUUGAUCAAAUGCGUCACAGAUAUUCUUCAGCGUUUCCAUGGAAUUCUCUUAUAUUGGGGUAUGUGAAUAAGGGGUUAUUUGAGGAUGCCCUGGCACUUUACUUUCAGAUGGUGGAGGAGGGUGUGGAGCCAGACUUGCACACUUUUCCUCGUGUCCUCAAGGCUUGUGCAGGCAUUGGACUGAUCCAAGUUGGGGAGGAAGUUCAUCGUCAUGUCAUUCGUUGGGGAUUUGGGAAUGACAGGUUUGUUCUUAAUACUCUUGUUGAUAUGUAUGCUAAGUGUGGUGAUAUCAUUAAAGCUAGGAGAAUCUUUGAUCAAAUUGCAGAGAAAGACUUAGUUUCAUGGAACUCAAUGCUUGUUGGUUAUGUUAGGCAUGACCUUAUACUAGAGGCAUUGGAUAUAUUUCAAUCUAUGUUACAUGAUGGCUUUAAGCCAGACUCUGUCUCUGUAUCAGCCUUACUAAGCAGGGAAUUGCCUCUAAAACUCGGACCCCAAAUCCAUGGAUGGGUUCUUCGUCAGGGGAUUGAAUGGAAUUUAUCAAUUGCAAACUCUCUGCUCGUUUUGUAUUCUAAUAGUCUAAACAAUCUCAAGCAAACGAGAUGGUUGUUUGAGAAUAUGCCUGAAAGGGAUGUGGUGUCAUGGAACUCAAUAAUUGCAGCUCAUUCUAAGGGCCGAGAAGCGCUUGCUUACUUCCAAGAGAUGGUAAGUUCCGGUGCCAUGCCAGAUGGAAUCACAUUUGUGUCAUUACUGUCUGUGUGUGCUCAUUUGGGGUUGGUAGAAGAUGGUGAGAGGAUAUUCACUCUGAUGAGAGAAUGGUACAAAAUCAAGCCUGUUAUGGAACACUAUGCUUGCCUGGUUAAUCUGUAUGCAAGAGCUGGACUUAUAACCAAAGCUUAUGACUUGAUCGCGAAUAAUAUGGAGUUCGAGGCUGGUCCGACCGUUUGGGGAGCGUUGCUCUAUGGUUGCUCCCUUUGUGGCAAUGCUGAUAUCGGGGAGAUUGUCGCGAACCAUCUUUUCGAAUUGGAGCCGGAUAAUGAGCAUAAUUUUGAGCUUUUGGUGAAGACUUAUCGUAAAGCUGGUCUCAUAGAGGAUGCAGAGAGAGUAAUACAGAUGAUGAUAGACAGAGGUUUUGAUUUGCAGAUAUGAGAAAGUGUUAUUGGAAAUCACUUCUAUUACUCAUGACCUAGUGAUCAAGAAGGCAUCAUUAAUUGCCCGCACGGCUUAGCUUAGUGGUUCAAUAGGCAGUAUUGGAAGAAGAGACCAAUGUUCGAAACUCGGCAGCAGCAGUGUGGUGAUUUGGACAGACCCCUUGUGCAUAUUGGCAUUUGGCCUGACUGCUGAGCUACUGAGUUACCGUGAUUUACCUCCUCCCACAUGCUCUGUCGGACCAAGGCAUGGGAGACCCUUAUGGUUAGGGAUUCAAGUUAUUCAACCUUUUAGGAGAAGAAGAAUGUAUCAUUAUUUUUUUAAAGCUGGUAGCUAAAUUGUAUAAUUACCACAGGGUAUCAUUGGAUUGUUGGUUAAAUUUGGUAUGUAUCAACUGCCAAGCUUUGAUACUCCAAA